UGCUUGCGUCGUCAGUCGUGUGCUGCGUGCGUCGUGUCGUGAUCUCUGCAUGGUCUCAUGGCGGUACCUACGAAUAUACACUUGCUUCACUAAGUCCGUGUUGUACACAUGUGAUACGAGACAUAAACACUUUUUGAGGUUACCAGAUAGAACUUUAGGCUUUAUUUCUUUUCUAUUUAUUUGUAAACAAUAAGAAAUUUUAUGCCCUGGAGUUCUAGAAUAGUCGCGGAAAUUUUAUUGUUAAUUUAGCUACGCACAUGUCAUUUUUGUACUGUACUUGUUCAGCCAGUUUAUAAGGGAUGGCACGACUGAGUUCCUACUAUACCCUGUGUCCUCUGAUCGACCAGCAAAAUUUGCUCGGAGUAGAGAAUGACUCAGAUCCUGGUUGUGCAAUUGUUACACUAGGUAAAAAUAUUGUUAUACGAUACAAGUUGCAAGAUACAAAACAAGUGAGUAGCUGGUCUACAAAGGAUCGUUUGACAACUCAAGUGAUAUAUGACGAUACAUCUAAUAAAUAUGCCGCAGUUUUUAAUGGAAAAAAUAUUAGAACAUGGCAAGAAGACGAAACUAAUUUGGAUAACGUAAAGAAAUUCAAGUUUCCAUCUCCAAUCCAUGCGAUCCUCAGUUUUAAAGGGAUUUCCCCAAUCCUUGUGAUGCAAAAUGGUGCUACAGUUUCAUUGGAAUGGGCAAUUGAAAAUAGAAAAACGUGGAGCAAUCCUGGAAUUUUGAAGCCCAAUGAAACCAUAUCAAGUUGUCAACUGGUUUGUGUAAAAAAUGAAAUAUACAUGUGUGCCCUCACAAAGUUAGAGAAUGUAUAUUACUUUAUAGUAGUUCCACUGAAUGGUGAAAACUACACAGGAGAAGCAGACAAAGUUGUGAGAAUAGACAUGAAAAGACCUUCUGAGAAAUUAAUUGGUCACGUGGUUAUGCAAGAUAAUAAAAAUGCAUACCUAUUAACUCUUUGGUCUCACGGGCGUUUAUACAUGUAUCCAUUGAUUACUCCAACAACAGAAUCUAUUCCUGGUACACUGAUCAGUGUAAUAACAGCAGUGAAUACUAAGCAUCCGGUUGUGAUGGUUGCUCUGAAUGAAACUACCAUAGCUGCUUAUGGUGCAGAUGCUCAUGAAGAAGGUGCAGUCUUACUGAUUUAUAAUAUACAGUUCAAGUUGGUUCAAGCAAUUCAAAAAUUGAAACUUUAUACAAAUGAUGCUAAACUUUGGAAAAUUGAAGAUAAAUUGUUAUUAGCAGCUAACAGGCAUCUAGCUAUAGCUCCUUACAGUCUUGCAGUGCAAAGAAUUGAAGCAAUGCUUGGCUCUACAUUGCAUUGUAAUAAUGAAGACUCUACAGAAGAUAACGACAUUGAAAUUAUACAAGAAUCAACCAUAGCCGAUUGGAAUCUUGCAGCUUCCUUAGACAAAAUCAAUGAUGGAUUACCUUUACAUGAACUUGAUAGCCGCAUUGCAACUCAAGUCUCCACUUUCAAACGCGAGGGAUUGAGUGAUGCUGCAAUACAACGCAAUUUAAUACCACAAUUGAUAGAAUCAAAAGAUAUUUCAUCUAUUUUGUGGUGUUUAGAUCACUUGAAAGAAUUACCAGAGGAGUUGUUGAUUCAGCUGUUAGGAUUUUGCUUAAAAACGUACAAUAAUGUUACUAGUCUCCCUCAAAAUGGACAUACGGGUUCACCUUCAACAAAUAAUGAAAGCUUAUUCGAUACAUUUUUAACCAAAAUUCUUAGUAUUUGUUACACAGAUGUAUCCAUUAUAUCCUAUCUUAGAGCUGGAUUAAAUUUUGAUCAAAUUUUAGAAUUACUAAACUAUAUGAUUAAUAAACUUGGCGAUGAUGAAAACCAUACAUAUAGCAGUGAGACAUCAGAAAGUGAACAUAAUUUCAAUAAACAAUUGUAUGAAUGGACAAAGUUAUUGCUAGAUUCACAUUAUCAGCAUUAUGUACUGUCUCAAGAUACACAAGUGCUACCACUUCUCAACAAAUUAGAUGAAGCUCUGGAAUCACAUGCUGAUUUGAUCAAGGAUUUGCAAAGUCUUAGGCCUAUGAUACAUAGGCUCAUGAGAGGAAAAAUUUUAAAAGCUAUUCCAAAUGAUGUCAACAGGUUUUAUUCUAUAGAAGAAGUGAAAUUAUAUUAAAUUAAAAUAAAUUCAAUUUUUAACAUAAA